AAUAACAUAUCACAUGCUACACACGAAACAUAGACAAAAAUUAGAAUAGAAGAAGAAGAAGAAGAAGAAGAAGAAGAAGAAGAAGAAGAAGAAGAGACUGUUAGCUUGUACUAGUUUUUAGUUUCCACUUCUACUGAAACUCUCCCUUCAGAUCUUUGCAGAAGAACGAACAACAGAGUGAGAGGGAGUUCGUUUUGAGAGAGAAUGGAUGAUGUAACAGCUAUAGCAGCUUCAAUUAUACAAAAUACAGUCUCUUCUUCUGCAACAACAACAAAUUCUUUUGUUUCCAAAUAUUUAUCAAUCUUUACAAAUUUGGCUCUAAUUUCAGCAAUUAUUGCUUUUUCUAUUGCUCAGCUCAUAAAGUUCUUCCUCAUCCGGUAUCAAGAAAGCAGAUGGGAUGUUAAGCAGUUAAUUGGAUCUGGGGGGAUGCCAUCAUCACAUUCUGCCACAGUUACUGCUCUUGCAGUUGCCGUUGGAUUUGAAGACGGUUUUGGAGGAACUUCUUUUGCUACUGCCAUGAUUUUCGCUUGUGUUGUGAUGCAUGAUGCACUUGGUGUUAGAUUGCAUGCUGGACGACAAGCAGAGGUUCUGAAUCAAAUCGUAUUUCAACUUCCAGCUGACCAUCCUCUCAGUGAAGCAAGACCACUGCGUGAACUUAUUGGUCACACUCCUGUUCAGGUUCUAGCAGGGCUAAUUUUGGGAUUGGUCACAUCCGUUAUCAGUUGCUUAGUAAAAGCAGCUGUUACUCAAGCUUGGUGACUACGCAGAUUCUAGCUCAACAUCUUGAAUCAUGGAAUCCCAAUCAAGCAUACAGAGCACCAAAGAAAAUCGCGCAACCAACACUUGAUUAACUCAAUAAGAAGAUUACAUGUUUUUGCAUCUCAACAACGAAGGAAAAUUUUUGAAAUUUUGUUGAUCAUUUGCAUCUGGAGAAAAUGUUCCUUUUUUCUCAGCUGCAUUAUUUGUUAGGGGCCAGUACAUGAUGGAUGAGUUCAACAAGUCUGUUUGUACUUUGUACAGUAAAUCUAUGUGUUUACGCAUUAGUGCAACCUUUUGGUCACAUGUUUUUGAUUUUUUUUCUCCCAAAGGUUACCUGCCUUUCUCUUGGA